UCAACGCUGGGAGCACACGAAAACGCUAUAAAUCAACCCAACCAAACAAGACAAGACUAGAUUAGGAAAGCCCAGACUCCUGCGCUUAAUCAACAAUCUUGUCUUUCAAUCUUCAACCCUCACAUGGCAUAACGCAUACAGACAGAGAGUAUGAUUGUGUGUGUGUGUGAGUGUUGAUGGAUUAAAACAAAAGACGAAGAUCAACAAGAUAUAUAUUUUUUAUUCGUGGCUUGAAGAGGCCAAAUCUGGCAGACGUAGGGGGAUUGAGGGCACGCUUGUCCUUGAAACAAGCAACGUCUGAGUUCGAUACUGACGACCAAAAGUGCAGGCCUUGGCGUCGCAGGCUCUCGAUGGGGCUUACAUGGGGCUCUGCGCUCAGGAUCACCCUCCUCCUCCUCCUCCUUGUAGCUGUUGCCGUUGCUUGCUUCACUCUACCGAUCGAGAAGAUCUUGAAGGACUUCUUACUAUGGGUUGAACAAGAUCUGGGGCCUUGGGGUCCUCUAGUUCUGGCUGUGGCUUAUAUCCCUCUCACGGUCUUGGCAGUUCCAGCUUCAGUGCUGACUCUUGGUGGUGGGUACCUUUUCGGUUUGCCUGUGGGCUUCAUCGCUGAUUCGAUUGGUGCUACGCUCGGAGCCGGGGCAGCAUUUCUUCUUGGCAGAACUAUUGGGAGAUCAUAUGUUGUCUCAAAGUUGAAGGAUUAUCCGAAAUUUCGGUCAGUAGCAAUUGCAAUUCGAAGAUCUGGCUUCAAGAUUGUUUUGUUGCUUCGACUUGUUCCCUUACUCCCUUUUAAUAUGUUGAAUUACCUACUUUCCGUCACUCCUGUUCCUAUACUAGAAUACAUGCUGGCAUCCUGGUUAGGCAUGAUGCCAAUAACCCUUGCACUAGUUUAUGUUGGAACAACUCUCAAGGAUCUUUCAGACGUGACACAUGGAUGGAGUGAAUUCUCAACUACUCGCUGGGUAUUUAUUGUGUUGGGUCUUGUAGUUUCAGUGAUUAUAAUGUUUGGUGUUACGAGAGUUGCAAAAAGUGCUUUAGACAAAGCUCUGGCUGAAAACGAGGAUAUAGAUGACAUUUCAGGCUUUUCAGCAUCCCCAGAAUUACCCAUUGUCGCCGAACCAACGGUGGAUCUCAACCAGCCUCUUAUAAUAAAAAUAGACUCCUCGGAUGUCAACCAUGAAAGCUAAGUUUUUUCUGUAAAUUCUUCACUGCAUCUUUUCCGAGUCAAUGUCACUAUUCGAACUUCAGAUUUAGGACAAGCCUUAUGUGAUCUGUAUAGCUUAACCCUUUUUUGGUAGUUUUUGACUGAAAAGAUUCAUUAGUAUUUUUUAAUUGUUGUUAUUAGAGCAUGGAUGUCUCCUCCGUUGGGAACAAAAUAUAUACAAGUCACUGAGAUUCAUUGUUUUGAUUAUA